AUGAACCUCACGUCCAUAGGAACCGGCUACGAUCUGGCCAACUCCAUCUUCUCGCCCGACGGACGCAACUUCCAGGUCGAAUACGCCAUCAAGGCCGUUGAGAAUGGCGGCACCUCGGUCGGCAUCCGGUGCCGUGACGGCGUCGUCCUGGCCGUCGAGAAGAUUGUCGGCUCCAAGCUGCUCAAGCCCGGCGCCAACCGCCGCAUCGCCACCAUCGACCGCCACCUGGGCAUGGCGUUUUCGGGCAUGACCCCCGACGGCCGCCACCUCGUCGACCGCGCCCGCGACGAGGCCCGCAGCUGGCGCGAGACCUUCAAAGCCCCCAUCGCCACCAGCGAGCUGGCCUCGCGCGUCGGCGGCUUCCUGCAGGCCUACACGCUCUACCAGUCCGUCCGCCCCUUUGGCGUCACCGCCAUCCUGGCCGGCUUCGACAGCGACAAGGACCAGCCCGUGGACGGCGAGGUCGGGUCCGGGCCCAAGGUGGGCGCCGGCGGCCGCGCGGCCGGCAAGACGUACGGCGGGCCCGCGCUGUACAUGCUGGAGCCGUCGGGCCUGUACUGGGGCUACUACGGCGCGGCCACCGGCAAAGGCCGCCAGGCCGCCAAGGCCGAGCUGGAAAAGCUGGACCUGGCGGGCGACGGCGAGGCGGGCGGCAUUUCGCUGGAGCAGGGCGUCAAGGAGGCGGCGCGCAUCAUCUACGUGGCGCACGACGACAACAAGGACAAGGAGUUUGAGCUGGAGAUGACGUGGAUCAGCACGGUGGAGGGCCCGACGGGCGGCCGCCACGUCGAGGUGCCGCGGGCGCUGCGGCUGGAGGCGGAGCGUCUGGCCAAGGCGAGUCUCGAGGGCGACGACGACGACGACGAAAAGAAGGACGACGACAAAAUGGACGAGGACGACGAGUAG